ACCCAAAUUCCUACAGGAAAAAUGUUCCAAAUUCCCUUGGAACUUGGAAGAACUCUUUUCACUUUGUCUGGUCUUUUUGGCCCCACUUCCCAAACUCAAUUUCUUCCCCGUUUCUUCCAAUUCUAUCAACAACCGGAACCCCAAAACCAACGUCUAAACCAAACUCUGGAACCGUCUCAUAAACUCUGAAAGCUCUCUCAUUUUCUUAUUGGAAAAAACCCAAAAAAGGAAAGAAAAUAAAAAAAAAGGUUAGCCCAAAAGAAAAGGAAAGAAAAUGAAUCCUACAGAUAACAGUGACCACCCUCAACUUCCAACAAUCAAGAUACGCCACCCAUCCUCCCCUCACCACCCAACCUCCGGCGCUACCCCCACCGCCGACGCCCGCCGCAAGAUUGGCGUAGCAGUCGACCUCUCCGAUGAGUCUGCUUUUGCCGUUUGCUGGGCCGUCCAAAAUUACCUCCGACCUGGAGAUGCUGUCAUCCUUCUCCACGUGUCACCCACAUCCGUACUCUUCGGAGCCGACUGGGGCCCACUCCCUCACACCCCGCAAAACCCUGAAACCCCACAGUCCCAAAAGCAACUGGAAGACGAUUUUGAUGCCUUCACGGCUUCAAAGGCGGCUGAUUUGGCCAAACCCUUGAAGGAAGCUGGGAUUCCCUUUAAGAUUCAUAUAGUGAAAGAUCAUGAUAUGAGGGAAAGAUUGUGUCUUGAGGUUGAGAGGUUAGGGUUGAGUGCUGUUAUAAUGGGGAGUAGAGGGUUUGGAGCUGAGAAAAGAGGGAGUGACGGGAGGUUGGGAAGUGUUAGUGAUUAUUGUGUGCAUCACUGUGUUUGUCCUGUUGUUGUUGUUAGGUAUCCUGAAGAUAAAGAUGGCGGGAAUGGCGAGCCCGUCGUGACGGUUAAGGAGGCUGAGGUGGAGGAGGAAGGUGGCAAAGAUGCUUAGCAAGUCCCUGGUAAUUGCAGCUUUAUCCCAUCAGUAGCAGGUUAUUGAUAUAGCAUAGAAGGCUCUGAGUCGCUAUGGAUUACCUGGCACAAAGAGAAAUCAACAGUUUGGCUGCUGAUGGAACUUGGUUAAAAUGAGUCCUAGGAUUUUCUCUUUCCACUUUCAUCUCCUCUUUAUCUAACUCUAUCGAUGAUGUUAUUGUAUGGUUGAUGAGGUUCUUGAUUUCAUUUUAUGACACUCUAGGAGGUGAUGUUUUACUGCAAUGUGAUAUACUCUAAGAUAAUCCUGGUGUCACCAUUUGCUUUCGGUUUUAUGAGCUGUUGGCAGAAGUAUGAAAAAUAUUCCAAGAGCUUCCCCUUAAAUUCAAGGGCUCUUUGUUGUAGAAAUCUGGUUUUUUACUACUUUGUUCAUUGCUGAAUAUAAAAUUUAAGUGAAGCUCUGUUGUUGUUCU